AUGGGGUUCUACGGCACGCUGAAGCACAUUUUCUACAAAAUGAAGAGGAAAUUAGACCAUGGUCCAGAUGGUCGACCGUUUCCUACAGGGAAGAAGCACUGCAAAGGCAAUGGCUAUCUCAGUCCAGCAAGUUUGGCACCAGCAACGCCCACCACAUUCGGGGACCUGCGAGUGGCCAACGGGCAUUCAGCUCAGAGGAGGCGUGUCACCUCAGGCCCACCCCCCACAGGACUGCAGGACUGGCUGCGCACCUUCCAGACGUGGAGCGGCCCGGAGCGUCUCCUGGCUUUGGACGAACUGAUCGAUCGCUGCGAGACGACGCAGGUCAAACACAUGAUGCAGCUGAUCGAGCCGCAGUUUCAGAGGGACUUCAUCUCAUUGCUGCCCAAAGAACUGGCCCUGUACGUCCUCACCUUCCUGGCUCCCAGAGACCUGCUGCAGGCGGGUCAGACCUGCCGAUACUGGAGGAUACUGGCUGAAGACAACCUGCUGUGGAGAGAGAAGUGCAGAGAGGAGGGUAUCUCUGAGCAGGAGUCGUCGGCGCGGAGGAGGAGUGCGUGUGUGAGCCCCUGGAAGUCUGCGUACAUCCGACAGCACCUCAUCGACCGCAACUGGAGGAGUGGAGACGAGAAGGAGCCCAUGGUACUAAAAGGGCACGAUGACCAUGUGAUCACGUGUCUCCAGUUCAGUGGAGAUUUCAUUGUCUCCGGAUCCGACGACAACACACUCAAAGUCUGGUCCGCGAUCACUGGGAAGUGCUUGCGGACUCUGACGGGCCACACUGGGGGGGUCUGGUGCAGUCAGAUGUCGGAGGCCAUAGUAAUCAGCGGCUCCACCGAUCGGACGCUUAGAGUUUGGGACGCGGAGAAGGGCGAGUGUGAGCACAUCCUGUACGGCCACACGUCCACAGUUCGCUGCAUGCAUCUCCACGGCAACAGGGUGGUCUCUGGCUCGCGGGACACUACUCUUCGCGUGUGGGAUGUGGAGAGCGGCCGCUGUGAGCACGUUCUGACGGGACACGUGGCCGCGGUGCGCUGCGUGCAGUACGACGGGCGCAGAGUGGUGUCCGGAGGCUACGACUACAUGGUGAAAGUCUGGGACCCGGAGUCUGAGGUCUGCCUCCACACGCUGCAGGGACACACAAACCGCGUCUACUCACUACAGUUCGACGGUGCGUUUGUGGUCAGUGGGUCUUUGGACACUUCCAUUCGCGUGUGGGAGGCCGACACAGGUAACUGCGUCCACACUCUGACCGGACACCAGUCCCUGACCUCGGGGAUGGAGCUCCGCGACAACAUGCUCGUCUCCGGAAACGCAGACUCCACUGUGCGGGUUUGGGACAUCAGGACGGGACAGUGUCUGCACACGCUACAAGGCCCAAACAAGCACCAGUCGGCGGUCACCUGUCUGCAGUUCUGUCGUGGCCUCGUUCUGUCCAGCUCUGACGACGGGACGGUCAAACUGUGGGACCUGAACACCGGGGCCUGGGUCAGAGACGUGGUGGCGCUGCAGAGUCGUGGUUCAGGUGGUGUGGUUUGGCGAAUCAGGGCAUCCGACACACGCCUGGUCUGUGCGGCCGGCAGUCGAAACGGCACAGAGGAAACCAAACUGCUGGUGCUGGACUUUGACCUGGACGACAGGAGGAAAGAGACGGACUGA